AUGUCUGUUUCAAUGAGAGAUUUGGAUCCUGCUUUCCAAGGAGCUGGACAGAAGGCUGGACUUGAAAUUUGGCGCAUUGAAAAUUUUCAUCCCGUGCCUGUCUCGAAGUCCUCAUAUGGCAAAUUUUUCAUGGGCGACUCCUAUGUAAUAUUGAAGACAACUGCUGUAAAAAGUGGUGCCUUGCGUCAUGAUAUUCAUUACUGGCUCGGUAAAGAUACUAGUCAGGAUGAAGCUGGUACUGCAGCCAUCAAAACUGUUGAAUUGGAUGCAGCUCUUGGAGGGCGUGCUGUACAGUAUCGUGAAGUACAAGGCCAUGAAACUGAGAAGUUUCUUUCUUAUUUUAAACCAUGUAUCAUACCUCAAGAAGGGGGAGUUGCAACUGGAUUCAAGCAUGCAGAGGCUGAAGAGCACAAGAUCCGUUUAUAUGUUUGCCGAGGAAAGCAUGUUGUUCAUGUGGAAGAGGUUCCUUUUGCUCGAUCCUCACUCAGUCAUGAUGAUAUCUUUAUACUGGAUACCAAGUCUAAGAUAUUUCAAUUUAACUGUUCCAACUCAUCAAUUCAAGAGAGGGCUAAAGCACUUGAAGUUGUGCAGUAUAUUAAAGAUAAUUAUCAUGAUGGAAAAUGCGAGGUGGCUGCCAUUGAGGAUGGAAAACUAAUGGCUGAUGUUGAAACUGGAGAAUUCUGGGGUUUCUUUGGUGGCUUUGCUCCACUUCCCAGGAAAACAGCCACUGAUGGGGCUAAAAGUACUGAAGCUCUUUCUCCUAGGCUGUUUCGGGUUGAGAAGGGGGAGGCAGAACCUGUUGAGUUCGAUUCUUUGGUGAGGGAGUUACUAGACACAAAUAAAUGUUAUCUUCUUGAUUGUGGGGCACAAGUUUUUGUCUGGAUGGGCAGAACUACUUCUCUUGAUGAAAGAAAAAGUGCAAGUGGAGCAGCAGAUGAAUUAGUCCGUGACCUUGAUCGACCAAGAUCUCACAUAAUCCGUGUAAUUGAGGGAUUUGAGACAGUGAUGUUCCGAUCAAAGUUUGAUUCAUGGCCUCCGUCAACUGUUGUUGCAGUAUCUGAGGAUGGCAGAGGCAAGGUUGCUGCACUUCUAAAAAGCCAAGGGGUUAAUGUGAAGGGUCUACUGAAAGCAGCUCCUGCAACGGAAGAACCUCAACCAUAUAUCGACUGCACCGGAAAUCUACAGGUUUGGCGUGUGAAUGGCGAAGGGAAGACCCUUCUUCCAGCUUCUGAUCAGUCAAAACUUUACAGUGGAGAUUGCUAUGUCUUUCAGUAUUCUUAUCCCGGUGAAGAUAAAGAGGAAUGCCUUGUAGGCACAUGGUUUGGGAAGCAGAGUAUUGAGGAGGAUAGAACUUCAGCUACUUCACUUGCAAGCAAGAUGGUUGAGUCACUAAAGUUUUUACCUGUUCAGGCUCGGAUCUACGAAGGAAGUGAACCUAUCCAGUUCUUUUCAAUCUUUCAGAGCUAUAUUGUUUUUAAGGGUGGUCUCAGUGAAGGGUACAAGAAAUAUGUAGCAGACAAUGAACUUGCAGAUGAGACGUAUACAGAGAAUGGACUUGCAUUAUUCCGAAUUCAGGGUACUGGACCUGAAAAUAUGCAAGCAAUUCAAGUUGAACCAGUGGCGUCCUCUUUAAAUUCCUCCUACUGCUAUAUACUACACAGUGAUUCCUCCAUCUUUACUUGGUCUGGAAACCUUACAACCCUUGAGGACCAGGAACUUGUUGAGAGGCAGCUGGAUCUAAUAAAGCCAAAUAUGCAGUCCAAAUUACAAAAAGAAGGGGCAGAAUCUGAACAAUUUUGGGAAAUGUUGAGUGGAAAAUCUGAAUACCCCAGCCAGAAGAUUGGUAGGGUUCCUGAAAGUGAUCCUCAUUUGUUCUCAUGCACUUUCUCAAAGGGUGACCUGAAGGUUACAGAGAUAUACAACUUCAACCAGGAUGAUUUGAUGACUGAAGAUAUAUUCAUCCUUGAUUGUCACUCAGAGAUCUUUGUCUGGAUGGGGCAACAGGUCGACUCCAAAAGCAGAAUGCAUGCUUUGACUAUUGGGGAGAAAUUUCUUGAACAUGAUUACCUUUUGGAGAAAUUAUCUCGUCAAGCGCCAAUAUACUUUGUUAUGGAAGGGAGUGAGCCACCUUUCUUCACACGAUUUUUCACAUGGGACUCUGCAAAAUCUGCAAUGCAUGGAAACUCAUUCCAGAGGAAACUUGCUAUAGUUAAGAAUGGUGGAACUCCAUCUCUGGAUAAACCCAAAAGGAGAACGCCAGUAUCAUACGGAGGAAGGUCUGCUGUGCCAGAAAAAUCACAGCGUUCUAGAAGUAUGUCUUUCAGUCCUGAACGAGUUCGUGUGAGAGGCAGGUCUCCAGCCUUCAAUGCACUAGCUGCUACUUUUGAGAACUCAAAUGCAAGGAAUCUUUCUACUCCUCCCCCAGUGGUAAAAAAGCUUUACCCAAAAUCUGCAACCCCAGAUUCAGAAAAGCUGGCUUCCAGAUCCUCAGCUAUAUCAUCACUAAGCAGCACUUUUGAAAAACCAGUACCGGCACGAGAAACUAUUAUACCCCGUUCACUUAAAGUGAGCCCUGAGGCACCCAAACCAAUACCAGAGACAAAUUCCAUGAGCAAUAGAAUUGAAGCUCUAACAAUACAGGAAGAUGUAAAGGAGGGUGAAGCUGAAGAUGAGGAAGGGCUUCCAAUAUACCCAUACGAACGCAUUAAAAUAGCUUCAACAGAUCCUGUUAUAGAAAUCGAUGCAACCAAGCGAGAGACUUAUCUGUCUUCAGUAGAGUUCAGGGAGAAAUUUGGGAUGACAAAGGAUGCUUUCUAUAGGUUGCCCAAAUGGAAACAGAAUAAGCUGAAGAUGGCCCUUCUAUUGUUCUGAGUACCACUGUGCAUCUGGUUUUCUAUAUCAGCUUCCUGCAGCUUAGAUUGCAGAUAUAAGAAAGCAUGCUUGGAAAUCUCGAGUGACUCAAUUUCUCAAGAGUACAAGGGACAGCAUCAGUUCAUUUUAGCUGCUUAUACUCCCAAGAAGGUUGUUUCGAUGAUUGGAGGGAAGAACUGGAGAUAAUUUCCAUUUCAUAUAGCAUCUGGUGGUUUGAACAUGUUCGCUUAUUUCUCCUAUUUUUUUAAGUUAGUUGCUUGGUAUUCUUUAUGAUCACAGGUUUGUUGUGAGCUUCCAUUUUUGUUUUUCUUUGUAUGUUCAUCAACAAAACAAGUAGGAGUUUUGCAAAUGCAUACAUUUAGGUUGUAUUGCAUGAGAAUGGGAUGUGUGUACAGCAGAGUGUAAAAACCAAUACAAUAGUUAUUGUUUUGAAAAUAAA